AUGACUUCAAUCAAGAAUUUGACAGAAAACCAAUGGAAACCAGCAGAUGAUUUGCCACAACACAUCAAAGAUUUGUUGGUUCCUAAGUCUCCGUCUCAGCCAACUAACUACAUGCUUGCAUUUAUACAAAUCGUAUCGUCAUUAAAGUUUCAAAAACGUACUGGCUGGUUAGAUCAUGGCGUACCACCAUUGGACACCGAAAGCAUCGCUGACCACAUGUAUCGAAUGUCGAUCAUAUCCAUGGUUGCACCACCAGCCAAUGUCAAUAAGGACAAGUGUGUCAAGAUUGCCAUUGUUCAUGACAUUGCUGAAUCAUUAGUCGGCGAUAUUACGCCAUUUGCCGGUAUAUCGAAAGCCGAAAAGCAUCGCAGAGAAGAGGAGACUAUACAUUACUUACAUGACGUGAUCAAGCCGUAUAAUCCUGACUUUGCCAAAGAGUUGGUUGAGUUGUGGUUUGAUUAUGAAGAAAUCAGAACCACCGAGGCAAGAUACGUGAAGGAUAUCGACAAGUUUGAGAUGAUCAGCACUGCAUAUGAGUACGAGUUGAAAUUCGGCUUGACGUACAAUUUGGAUCAAUUUUACGCUGCCAGGGCUGCAAUAAAGACCCCAGAAGUGGGUGCAUUGUGUGAUGCCGUAUUGGAAAAACGGGAAAAAUUGGUUACCAAAUCAAAGGAAAAUGCAUAA